GGGUUAACCGUCACCUUUACUCCACCAAGAUUCUCAGUGCAAAAUCUGUCACUAUAAGUUUGUGCUCAUGUUCACUAAUUCUCCAACUCACCUUAUUUUUUGUGUUUGCAGCUAUGGUUUCUACUUCUCCUCCUCAGCCCAAGGAGGCUCCAUAUAGUGAAAAAAGUGGCGAAAAUCAUCGAGUUCGAGAGGCAAAAUGGUGGUACUCGACUUUUCACACCGUCACGGCCAUGAUCGGCGCUGGAGUUUUAAGCCUACCCUACGCCAUGGCUUACUUAGGCUGGGGUCCGGGGACACUGGUGAUGGUAUUUUCGUGGUGCAUAACGCUCAACACAAUGAGGCAGCUGAUCCAGCUCCAUGAGUGUGUUCCCGGCGUCCGGUUCGACCGGUACUACGACCUGGGACGACAUGCGUUUGGGCAGAGGCUCGGGAAAUGGAUCGUGCUCCCGCAGCAGUUGAUCGUCCAAGUCGGGUGCAACGUGGUGUACUUGGUCACAGGAGGAAAAUGUCUCAAGAAAUUCAUGGAGAUUGCAUGCACCAAUUGCACCCCAAUCAAACAAUCUUAUUGGAUCGCAAUUUUUGGAAGUCUCCACUUAUUCCUAUCUCAGAUGCCAGACAUCAAUUCCAUCUCUGGGGUCUCAUUGGCUGCAGCAAUCAUGUCACUAAGCUACUCAACCAUUGCCUGGGUGGGGAGCCUGAGCAGGGGGCGGGCCCCGGACGUGAGCUACGAGUACAAGAAAACGAGCGACGUGGAUAGCAUGUUUCGAGUGUUCAAUGCGUUGGGACAGAUCACAACGGCUUUCGCCGGCCACGCGGUGAUUUUAGAGAUCCAGUCCACCAUUCCAUCGGCCCCUGAGAAGCCCUCGAGCAUCGCGAUGUGGAGGGGCGCCGUGUGGGCUUAUUUCGUCAAUGCCAUCUGUUAUUUUCCGGUGGCCCUCGUCGGAUACUGGGCCUUUGGACAGGAUGUCGCGGACAAUGUGCUCGUAGCCCUAAAAAAGCCGGCGUGGCUCAUUGCCGCCGCCAAUUUGAUGGUUUUUGUCCAUGUUAUUGGCAGCUAUCAGAUAUAUGCAAUGCCAUUUUUUGAGGUUGUGGAGAAGACAUUGGUUGCAAGAUUUAAAGUAACACAUGGGCUAGGGCUCAGGCUCUUUGUUCGUUCUACUUAUGUUGCUUUUACUUCGUUUGUUGCUGUGACUUUCCCAUUUUUUGGCGACCUUCUUGGUCUGUUUGGUGGCUUUGGUUUUUCUUCAACUACUUAUAUAUUGCCCUGCAUAAUUUGGUUGAAAAUUAAAAAGCCACAGAGGUUCAGCUUGUCGUGGACAUUCAAUUGGGGAUGCAUAUUUUUUGGUGUGUUCAUCUUGUUUACAUCAACAAUAGCUGGAGUGCGAAACGUCGUCGUCGAUUCUUCAACCUAUGACUUCUACUCAUAAAAUAAAUCCUACUAUUGUAGUUCGAAUUAAGUCUUUGAUUAGCUAAUUAUGUGUGGUGUUGAAAUUUGAAGAUCUUCAAGACUUCAAAUGUGUCACAGUAAUCAAAAGACAACUGAACUACUGAAAACUCCUUUUGUUAGUCAAGAGUAAUACUUAUAUUUUUGCCUAACCUUUGUAAUUUUGGAGGUACAAAUAUAUAACUCUGGUCUAAUAAAAAUGAUUUUGCAGCGA